AUGUCUUCCCGAAAGAGAAAGCAGGACGAGGAGGAGGAGGAGCUCGUCUCCCUCCCCGAGGAUGAUGACGGUGAGGAAGAGGAGUACGUCUCUACCGCAGACGAGGAUGAAGACGACGAUGCUGAGGAGGAGGAAGAGGCUGAGGGGGAUGACGAGGAAGCAGAAGGAGAGGAUGACGAUGAGGCGGAGGCUGAAGCCGAAGCCGAAGCCGAGGCCGAUGAUGGAGGCGAGGGCGAGGAGGACGCAAAGGCCGAAGAGAAUGGCGUACAUGACGAUCAACCACCCGUGAAGAGGCGCAAGACGGCAGAGGUCCCUGGCGACGAGGUCACUAAUGGCGAGACUGCCAACGGUGACGACUCCGAAAAGAAGGGCGCCGACGGCGACGCUACCGACGGCAAAGACGAGGCGCCUACCAAGGAAGCUGCCAAGGCGGCUGAACCUCCUGCAGCUCAUGCAGAGGCAGAGCCCGAGGCUGUGGCAGCGGGCGGCGAUGAAUAG